AUGAGAGGUGUCCGUCAGGGAGACCCAUUGUCGCCUGACUUGUUUAUAUUGUGUGCUGAAGGUUUGUCUUCUCUUAUACAACAUUUUGUGCGACAACGGUGGGUGAAGGGUAUGAAACUUAAUCCAGAGGCCCCUGUGCUACAUCACCUAUUAUUUGCAGAUGAUAGUUUUUUGUUUGGAACUGCUGAUGAGGAGGAAUGUCAACAUGUUCAUAAUAUUUUGUAUACGUAUGAGAUAGCAUCUGGGCAACAGAUUAACCUACAGAAGAGUAGUGUGGCUUUCAGUCGUCAUUUGGAUUUGAGUAGACAAUUGGCCUUAGCGCAGAUAUUGGGGGUGCAUUGUGUUGAUAAGCAUGAUAGAUACUUGGGUUUACCUACACAUGUGGGUCGCAGUAAAUCUGCAGCUUUCAGUUAUUUGAAAGAGAAGUUGUCUAAAAUGCUUAUUAGUUGGCGAGCUAAAUUGUUAAGUGGUGCUGGGAAAGAAAUCCUGAUUAAAGCAGUGUCUCAAACGGUCCCAAAUUAUGUUAUGACCAGUUAUAUGUUUCCAGAGGGAGGUACCUGUCCUUCAUUUUUGUGGCGAAGUAUCAUGGAGGCUAGAGAAGUGUUGAUACAAGGUCUUCGAUGGCGUGUGGGAAAUGGUGAAAACAUUGAGAUUUGGAGAGACCGAUGGAUUCCGGAUAGUUACCCAAGAUGCCCUUCUUCACCUCCUCCUCAAGGGGCACCACAGUUUGUGGCAGAAUUAAUUGAUCCUAUUCUACAUUGUUGGGAUACGACCAAGCUGGAGGCGUACUUUUCACCAGCGGAUAUUGAUCUUAUUCUCUUUAUACCAUUGGGGCGAAGAAGGCUACCAGAUCGGUUAAUAUGGCAUUUUCAAAAACAGGGGCUUUUCACCACAAAUAGUGCCUACUAUGUUGCUAAAGAUGUAGCUCUUAGCCUAGUUUUGGCUCCUCCAUUACCGCUUGAUCCUUUCCAAGAUUUGUGGAAGGCUAUUUGGAGUGUUAAAGUGCCAGGCAAUGUGGCAUUACAUGCGUGGAGAAGCUGCUCUAUGAUACUGCCUACACGGGUUGCCUUAAGUAGAAAAGGUUAUUCUGGUGAUAUGGGGUGUUUGUUGUGCCCGAGUCAAGCUGAAGAUGCAUACUUGUUUGUGCAGUGCCCCUAUGCGCCAAAUAUGUGGGAUACUGCAAAUAUAGUAGUGGAUACUACUCACAGGGAUUUUAAGGAGUUUUUGUUAGCAUUGUUAGUGGCUCAGUCCAAGGAGCAAUUUGCGAAGAGUCUUGUUGUGUUGUGGGCCAUUUGGAAGAAUCGGAACCUGCAACUAUGGGAAGGGAAGCAGUAG